AUGAGAGUAGGUAUCGCAGUCGUCGCGCUGACGCUGCUCGCGCCCGUGUGGGCCGCUGCCGUGGAACCUGGUCUUCACGGUUCCGACGUCGCAUUCCUCGCCCCCAAAGCCGAGCGCGACAACACCCAGCAGGACGAGAAGCUGUGGAAGCGCAAGGGUGGAGGCGGCGGCGGCGGUGGUCGCGGCGGAGGCUCUUCUUCAGGUGGGUCCCGGUCGGGAGGUGGCAGUCGCUCUGGCGGCUCCAGCUCCGGCUCUGGUUCAGGAUCAAGCUCAUCAAAAGGCGGUUCAGGUGGUUCAAAAAGCGGUGGCAGCAGUAGCGGCGGUUCCAGGUACAGGUCUUCCUCCUCUGGACAGUCCCUGUCCGGAUCAUCCCCGAGGAGCAGCAGCAGGCAGACUAACAGUAAAUCAAGUACCUCGAGAGGCGGCAGCCGCGAUAGCUCUGGAGGAUCGACGAGGACGGGAAGCGGACCGCCGCCAGCGUACGGCAACGGCAGAUACUACGGCGGCGGUGCGACGACUCCCUACCCGGCCGGCCAGAGGAGGGGCAGCAUUGUGCCGUUCCUGCUUGUCGGCGGUGCCCUGGCUUUCUGGCCCGGUCUCUGGCUCGCCGGCGCACAUAUAUAUCCCUACGGUUCCCCCUACCGGUACUACAACGAGACGGCUCGCCAGAACCAGACGAAGCCGGUGCUGUGCGGUUGCGAGGAGUACCAGCCCUGCGGCUGCGACGAGAACAAUAGCACAGACUACAUGAACUCGCUCCUCGGCAACGGCAGCUACGCUGCCCUGAACAAGUCCGUCGUCAACAUUGGCGAGUACAAGGGCAGCGAGACCAUUCUUAUUAACGGUACCCUGCCCAACGGCACAACUGCUGCCGGCGGUUCCGACGAGGUUGGCUCCGCUGCCUUCCGCACCGUUGUGGAGACGCUCGGUUUCUGGCCCGUUGCCCUGGUCGUUCUGGCAACAGUCUUCGCCGCAUAA